AGAAAUAGGGCUGACAAUGGAAACCUACAAGAGGUUUGAUAGAAGAGAGGGGUAGGGUAGCCCAGCCCUCCAUGCAUCUAUCUGCCUGCUGGGCAUCCCCUAGCUGCGCCCUCCUCUCCCCCUCCAAAGUCCCUCUUCUCCUUCUUCCUCUCCUCACCGACCCCCACUCUUCUCUGCCCUGCUCCUAUCGCUGCCCAUUUUCUGGUUUCCACGGGGCAGUCACGAGCCCCGACCCUGCCGGUCCUGAGACUCAACGGUCCCAGCGCGCCCACAGCACCAGCUCCUUCCUCGGACCCUGCGAGCCGCCACUCCGCGUCCGCAAUGGGAAACGAGGCCAGUUACCCAAAGGAGAUGUGCAGCCACUUCGAACCCGAAGAAAUUAAAAGGCUGGGCAGGAGUUUCAAGAAGCUGGACUUUGACAAGUCGGGCGCUCUGAGUGUGAAUGAGUUCAUGUCGCUGCCCGAGCUGCAGCAGAACCCAUUGGUGAAGCGGGUGAUCGACAUCUUCGACACCGACGGCAAUGGAGAAGUGGACUUCACGGAAUUCAUCCGGGGGACCUCCCAGUUCAGCGUCAAAGGGGACGAGGAGCAGAAGUUGAUGUUCGCGUUCAGGAUCUACGACGUGGAUAAAGAUGGUUACAUCUCCAACGGGGAGCUCUUCCAGGUGCUGAAGAUGAUGGUGGGCAACAACCUCAAGGACUGGCAGCUACAGCAGCUCGUGGACAAAACCAUCAUCAUCAUGGAUAAGGACGGCGAUGGGAAGUUAUCCUUUGAGGAAUUCAGUGCUGUGGUCAGAGACCUGGAAGUCCACAAGAAGUUGAUAGUGACUGUGUGAGCCUGUUUUCAAAGAACAUGGCCCAAACAACUUUGCCCAAAGCUUUCUUCUUUCUUACAAGAUCUGUUCCAGGCAUCCAUCAAUUGUCUCUCUGACUUAACCCAGAAGUAUUUCUCUUUGUGGAAGCGACAUUUUCUAACAUGUGCUUCAUCACCAAUUCAGUGUUAUUAAUUCUUAUCUCAGUGGUUCAGGGUAUCACCCCAAAUGGGGAAAGAGCAAGAUGAAGCAUCAAAGUGGGAAAAGGG